UUCUCUCUCUUAUUUCGUGUUGGUUAACAUAAGCUAGCCACUCCAUAUCUUAAGGUCCAAUUAGCUUCUCGGGUUUUGUCCCAAUUCCCCAAGCCCAAAUCUCUCUCUCUCUCUCUCCUCUCCCUGCAAAACCCUAGAUCUCAUUCAUCCUCCUCCUUCCGACCUCCGAUCAUCGGUCUUUCAGCUUCUUAUGCGCCUAUCGCCUUGUUUUGGCUCCACCACUGGAUAUUGCUUAUUGAGACACAAUGGCAACCACUGAAGAAACACAGCUUGAUAACAAUGUGCUGAUGACUCCAGAGACACAGCCUAAUGAUGUGUUGAUGACCCCAGAGACACAGCCUAAUGAGACUAAUGACGUGAUGAUAACUCCAGACACACAGCCUAAUGAUGUGAUGAUGACACCAGAAACAGAGCCUAAUGAUGGGAUGAUGACUCCAGAAAUGCAGCCAAAUAAUGUGAUGAUGACACCGGAAACACAGCCUAAUGAUGGGACGAUAACUCCAGAAACGCAGCCUAAUAAUGUGAUGAUGACACCAGAAACACAGCCUAAUGAUGGGAUGAUAACUCCAGAAACGCAGCCUAAUGAUGUGAUGAUGACACCAGAACAGCCUAAUGAUGGGAUGAUAUCUCCAGAAAUGCAGCCUAAUGAAGUGAUCACUUCAGAAACUCAGGUUAAUGAUGUCCUGAUAACUUCAGAAACACAGCCUAACAAUGUGCUGACGAUUCCAGAAACACAUUCUAACAAUGUCCUAAUUACUUCAGAAAUACGGCUGAACAAUGAGGUAGCUGUUACGGAGUCACAGCCUAACAAUGAGCUGGCAAUUGCAGACACACAGCCAAACAGUGAGCUAGCAAUUGCAGAGAUACAUUCUAACAAUGAGCUAGCAAUGCAAGAGACUCAUCCUAACAAUGAGCUGCCAAUUCAGGAAACACAUCCUAACAAUCAGCUAUCAAUUCAUGAGAUGUAUCCCAACAAUGAACUAGUAAUUCAAGAUGUCCAUCCUAACAAUGAGCUAUCAUUUCCAGAGACACAGCCGGAUAAUAUGCUUGCUAUUACACAGCCUAACAAUGAGGUGACCAGUCAAGAAACUCAACCUAACAAGCGGAGGAAAAAGAAGUCCAUAGUCUGGGAGCAUUUCACCAUAGAAACUGUUAGUGCUGGAUGUAGAAGAGCAUGCUGUAAGCAGUGCAAGCAAAGUUUUGCAUACAGCACAGGUUCAAAAGUUGCAGGUACAAGUCACCUCAAACGCCACAUUGCCAAGGGAACCUGCCCAGGACUUCUACGUAAUCAGGGUAACAACCAGUUAACCCCAUAUACCCCAAGGAUGGGUGGAAGUGAACCUCCAAAGCGACGCUACCGAUCUCCUAGUGUGCCAUACAUUUCGUUUGAUCAGGACCGUUGCCGUCAUGAAAUUGCUAGGAUGAUAAUCAUGCACAACUAUCCUCUUCAUAUGGUUGAACAUCCUGGAUUUAUAACCUUUGUGCAGAAUCUUCAGCCCCGGUUUGACAAGGUAAGCUUCAACACUGUCCAAGGGGAUUGUGUUGCUACCUACCUGAGAGAAAAGCAAAGCCUUAUGAAGUUCAUUGAGGGCAUACCUGGAAGAUUUUGCCUUACAUUGGACUUGUGGACUUCUAGCCAAAGCUUAGGUUAUGUGUUUAUAACUGGGCACUUUGUUGAUACUGAGUGGAGGUUGCAAAAGCGGACUCUCAAUGUUAUGAUGGAACCUUAUCCUCGUUCAGACAGUGCUUUCAGCCACGCUGUAGCUGCUUGCCUUUCUGAUUGGAGUUUGGAAGGCAAGUUGUUUUCUCUCACUUUCAGUCAUUCUCUAAGUGAAGCAGGGUUUGAACACCUUAGGGCUUUGCUAUGCAUCAAGAAUAACCUUGUUCUUAAUGGUCAGCUGUUGCUCAGGAAUUGCAUUGCUCGUACUUUUAGCAGCAUGGCAAAAGUUGUGCUGGAGGCAGGACAAGGAACUGUCAAGAAAAUUCGUGACAGUGUAAAGUAUGUGAAGAUUUCAGAAUCACACGAGGAAAAAUUUCUUGAACUCAAGCAACAGCUUCAAGUCCCCAGCGAAAAAAGCCUAUCUAUUGAUGACCAAACUAAAUGGGACACAACAUAUCAGAUGCUAGUGGCUGCUUCAGAGUUGAAGGAAGUCUUUUCUUGUUUGGAUACUUCUGAUCCUGAUUACAAGGAAGCUCCAUCAAUGGAAGACUGGAAACUGGCUGAGACUUUAUGUGCAUUCUUGAAACCUCUUUUUGAUUCUGCGAACAUUUUGACUACUACAACCAACCCAACUGCAAUCAUAUUCUUUCAUGAAGCAUGGAAGAUUCACUCAGACCUGACUCGUGCUGUUAUGAAUGAAGAUCCGUUUGUCAGCAAUGUUACAAAAGCAAUGCUAGAGAAGAUUGAUAAAUACUGGAAGGAUUGUUGCUUUGCAUUGGCAAUUGCGGUUGUCCUGGAUCCACGGUUCAAGAUGAAGCUUGUUGAAUUCAGUUUCACGAAACUUUAUGGUGAAGAUGCUCCUGCAUAUAUCAAGAUUGUUGAUGAUGGGAUUCAUGAGCUCUUUGAGGAAUAUGUUACACUUCCCCUGCCUCUAACUCCAGCGUUCACAGAAGAAGGAAAUGCUGGGGUCAAUGUGAAGUCAGAGGAAUCCCAAGGAGGAAGUUUUCUAUCAGACAAUGGAUUGAUAGAUUUUGAUAUGUAUAUCAUGGAGACUACCAGCCAACAGAUGAAGUCUGAGCUGGACCAGUAUUUGGAUGAAUCUUUGUUGCCUCGUGUGCAUGAUUUUGAUGUGUUGGGAUGGUGGAAACUGAACAAGUUGAAGUAUCCCACACUGUCAAAAAUGGCUCGUGAUAUCUUGUCAAUACCAGUAUCGAGUGUGGCUGUGGACUCUGUGUUUGAUACAGUAAACAAAGAGAUGGAUCAGUACAGGAGUUCUUUAAGACCAGAGACUGUGGAAGCCCUUAUAUGUGCAAAGGACUGGUUUCAAUAUAGUUCACCCGAAGUAUCAAAUGCACUUGUGAAAAUGGAAGUUUAGAGUAGGUUUUGCAUAAAUCAAGCAGCACGUGUAUGAUUAUGGCAGGUACCUAAUUCUCCAUUUGUACCAUUUAUAAGGAUAGUUUGCAUAGGUGGAUGGACAUGUGAAGAUAUUUAUAGAGUAGGCGUUGUCAUUACAUGCACCUUUUUUAAUGUUGACAUUAGAUCUUAUUAUAUAUGAUUAAUUAGCUACUGGGGAUUCUCCAGGGAAAGCUAGGAGACA